CCGAGGCAGUAUAUAAGCAUGAAUGGAAAUGUGUAUGAGAAUUUCACGCUUAUGUGAAACAGUUAGCAGCAGCACUAAAAGCCAAAAUGUUUUGGAUAAUUAUUUCAAUUGUUUUCCUUGGCCUACUGAUGAGACACCAGUUCAACAAAAGGCGCUUCUUCAGACUCCUUGGGGUGCAGUGCGCCAAUACGUAUCCGCUUUUCGGGUGUUUGCCAGAAGCAAUGAAAAUGGGAGUUUUGUCGCAUGAUAUUUGGUCAAUACGAAAAUACGGGCGCGUCUUUGGAACAUACUUGGGAAACCUUCCGAACCUUGUUGUGGCGGACCCAAAACUGAUCCGAGAAAUAUUUGUUUGCCAGUUUCAUAAGUUUCCUCAACGUAUGCAAGCUCUCUACAUCUCCGAAUGGUGGGACAAUUGCGUCGUCAUGGCGAAGGGUGACCAUUGGCGAUACAUGCGUUCUAUAAUCACGCCAGCGUUUAAUUCAGUGGCACUAAGAAACAUGCAUACACGCACGGAAACUUGUCUCGAAAAGCUGACUACUUUUUUGACUGAAAAGGUGAAUGGCCGAGUUGAGUUUGAAUUUGACAUGCGUACAUUGUUUGGAGCCCUUACCCUUGACAUUCUAUGCUACACAUCAUUCGGCCAAGAGACGAAUAAUCUGAAAAAUGAAAAUAACGAGUUUUCGCGACAUGCAAAAAUAUUAAGCACUCUUAAUAUCGAAACCAAUGCGUUGAACGGUCUGCCGAUGAUACUCCCAUUCACCAAGCCUGUCUUUCGAUUUUUGCGGCUAGAUUACGUGAACACUGAGUCUUUGAAUUAUAUCAAAAAGGUUAUUGAAGACAUGAUUUCCUUUCGGUCAUGUCAGAACGGCAUGCACAAAGAUACGCUGCAGAACUUGGUGAAUGCUACCGGAUCAUUCGACGACCAACAGCAAAUUGACGAUGGUAAUACGAAUUUAAUCAGUAAUCCAUUUAAAACACGUAAACACCAAGGCUUGAAUCAGGAUGAGAUAAUUGCGAAUGCAAUCGUGGUGUUAAUGGCUGGAUAUGACACAACGGCUACCACACUUACAUGGAUGGCGUACCUUUUGGCAACAAAUAUGGAUGUGCAACUCAAAUUGGUAAAAUCUAUUGAUGAACAUGCAGACAUUUCUGGGACUGAUUAUGAUUCUGUUAUGAAACUUGACUAUCUGGAUUGGUUCUUGAGCGAAACGCUACGACUUUAUCCUGCCGCAAACAGAACGGGUCGGGACACCGACAUUGAUACGGAAGUUUGCGGACUAAAAGUAAGAAGAGGACUUUCAAUAACUGUGCCAAUUUACGCCAUUCAUCGGAUGCCGGAGUACUGGAGUGAACCGGAAAAAUGUAUCCCCGAGCGGUUUUCACCGGAAAACAUGGAAAAGAUUAUUCCAUUUACGUAUCUUCCGUUCGGUGUAGGACCACGAGCGUGUCUUGGCAUCAAAAUGGCGAAAAUGCUGUGUAAAGUCAUAAUGGUUAAGGUUUUGCAAAUGUAUACUUUCCAUGUUUGCUCAAAGACUGAAAUAAAUCCGGUCUUAGAAACUAGCCUUCUUACAAAGCCUAAGAACGGACUCUGGCUGACAUUGAGAAAACGGUAGAGUCAACACUUUUGCGUGUUUAAGAGCCUACUGAUCAAACCAAGCAUGCUACAUUUUACCAACGUAAAACAGUCUUUUAAUAUUCAUAUGUGAAAAUGGGUAUUAACUUCGCUUUCAAAUGAAUGCCAUUUUUUGAUUUUAUUCGUUUGCAUUUUUCAAACGAAAACCUUAAAUAACUAACUGAGUCAGUAUGUAUAUUUAUAUGUGUAUAAAAAAAUGUCCAUACGUAACGCUUUGUUUAAACAUGCGUAUCAUAGUGAUUGCUAUGUAUUAA